UGUGGCAAUAAACGGCUACCUGCACCGCCAAAUACUAGCAAACAAGAAGACGUCGUUGAUUCCCAGCAGGCACGACUGGAGCUAAGGACGCGGUGGACAUAUUGAACCGGAGCUCAGCGGCUAGCUAUGGGGGGGGCCAGCAAGUGGGAUGAUGGCAGUGGGCGUGGCCAGGACGAUGACAGGCAGCCUAUAAUUGAGAAGGAUGACAGCAGAAGACAGAGCUCUGGAGAGACAUCGCACUGUCCCACCUGCCAGGGUACUGGACGUAUACCCAGAGGUCAGGAGUGCAAGCUGGUGGCUGUCAUCUCCUGUAAUGACCAGAGGCUGAGACCCAGACACACGAAGCUCUACGUAGCUGUGUCUGUUGGUGUGUGCCUCCUGGUCAGCUCCUUGGUGUUGUUCUUCCUGUUUCCUCGCUCUGUCCUCCUGUCUCCAGUAGCCGUCCAGUCAUCCUUCGUUUACUUCACGGACGACUACGUCCAGAUUAACAUCACGAAUGUCCUGAACGUCACCAACCACAACUUUGCCACGGUGCACGCCUACAACCUGACGGUGCAGGCCCUGAACUUCGACACGGUGGUGGGAACGGUUUCCAUCAAGAACGUCACGUCUGUCAAACCUCUGUCCGUCAUAAUGUACUCCUUUGUGAUCCCCAUCAAGCUGAAAGACCCUGACCUGAGGAACUACUGUAGGAAAGCAUCCUUGCCGGUCCACAUUCUGUAUCUGCACUUACAGAUGUCGUUGACCGUGUACUACCUGGCCCACUAUGAGCAGCUCUCCCUGGAGACAUACGAGUACAUCGACUGUGGAGCUAACAGCACCAUACCACACAGUGUGCAGCCUCCACCACCCUGAGGGAGGGAUGGGUGGAUGGAUGGAUGGAUGGAGUGGAUGGAAAGGAAAUGAAUCUGAGUGACUAAAUGAAGAAUAAACUAUUUAUGCCCUAUUGUAAGGGAAAGAUGAGUUCAAGUGCACCACUCUCCCCAUCUCUACCUUCUCUACCAGAAAGAAAAUCAACAUUGACUGGAUGUUGAUAAAAGGCACACGGCACAGUUAAAGCAGUGAGGAUACUGUGACUCCCCCCCCCCCCCCCCCCCCCCCCCCCCCCGAGGACCUGAAGGUAUCCCGAUUUCAGUCCAGAGCUUUUGUUGUUGAAAGUUGUCAGUUAUGUCUGUCUGGAAAGCCAUGUUUAAUAACUGUUAGAGCAUCUAAUGCUGCUUAGUUAUGUAACUGUUACAUGAGCGAUAAAAGUAAGGUGCUGUACAGGUCUGGACCAAUUAUCGGCCUGGCUGAUUAUCGGGGCCGAUAUUUGCCAAUUAGCAGAUUAUCUGUAUUAGUGUUUUAUUUUGAGGUUAAUUAAUUCAAAAGUGAAAACUUCGGCUCCGCUACAGCAGACACCUGCAACCAAACUGACUUCAGGGAGCUUGGUUUUUUUGUGUGUAUUAUGUUUAAAGUUUCAGUUUUAUUAAAUAAUUACUUCAAAAUGGUCA